CCUUCCUAAACCCUCUUCUGUUCUUCUCAUCUUCCCCGCUCUGCUGCUCGUCCGUUGUCCUCCGGCCGGUUGUGAAGCUGAUCCCGAGCCUUCGUUUUCGUCCGCUUGCAUCUCUGCUCUCGGCGACAUCUGAUCUCUUCGACUGCAACUUCUUCCGCCUCUGCAUCUGCUCUGCCGUUACAAUUUGGUUAGGGAUCGAGUUAAGUCGACAGUGAUAUGGCGAGAAGGUACAGCAGUGAAUCGGGUGGCGAUGAUUCCGACGGCGAAAGGAGCAGGCAUAGCCGCCGUCGACAUCGUGAGGAUAAAGAUAGGGAGAGGGAUGGUGACAGGGACUCCAGAUAUGAAAGUAGAGCGAGGCGAGACGAGCAGGAAGAACGGCCAGAACAUAGGUUGAAGGCUGAAUACAGGGAUUCUAGAUAUGAGCGAGAAGAACGGACGGAAGAUAGGGAGAAGGCUGACGGCAGGGACUCUAGAUACGAAAUUAGAGCUAGACGAGAUGAGCGAGAAGAACGGAAGGAAGAUAGGGAGAGUUCUGAAGAAGAUGAUAGAUGGGAAGACAGAAAGAGAGAUAGACGGGAAAGGGAUGGCCGUCGGAGUAGGCAUGAAAAUGGUAGUAGUAGGCGAGGAACCAAGAAAGAUGAGGACGGCAGAGGAGUGGAAGAAGAUGAUGUGUCUGAGGAGGGUGAGGAAUCGCGGGAUAGAAGGAGACACCAUCGAGAUGAUAAUGGGCGUGAUCGGCGGGAUAGGGAUAGAGAGAGAUAUAGAGAUAGCCAUUCCCGACGGAAUCGACACGAUGAGGAUGAUAGGGAUGCAAAUAGGAGAUCGGACCGAAGCAGGACUGCUCAUGGUGGAUAUGACAGGGAGCGGUAUGAUGGUGGUGAUGUGAAACACAGGAAGGACAGAAAGGAAGAUGAACGGAAGGAGACUCGUAGGGAAAAGGAGAAGGGAGAUGGAGAUCGUAAAGAGCCUGAAAGUCUAAAGUCAGCUGGACAAUCAACAGGGCCAGGAAACAAUACAAAUCCUGAUGCCUCGAGUUUGGGCAGAAGUGGAGGAGUUUAUAUUCCCCCAUUUAAGUUAGCUCGGAUGAUGAAAGAGGUUCAAGACAAGAGUAGCAUGGAGUACCAACGGUUGACAUGGGAUGCUCUUCGCAAGAGUAUAAAUGGUCUUGUUAACAAGGUCAAUGCAACCAAUAUAAAAAAUAUCAUUCAGGAGCUCUUUGCUGAGAAUUUGAUCCGUGGAAGAGGUCUGUUUUGCCGGUCUUGUAUGAAGUCUCAAAUGGCUUCUCCUGGAUUUACUGAUGUUUUUGCUGCACUGGUUGCUGUCGUGAACACAAAGUUUCCUGAGGUGGGUGAGCUUUUGUUGAGAAGGAUUGUUUUGCAGCUCAAGAGAGCAUAUAAACGGAACGACAAGCCUCAAUUGCUUGCCGCUGUUAAGUUCAUAGCCCAUCUGGUAAAUCAACAAGUGGCUCAUGAAAUCAUCGCAUUAGAGCUGUUAACAGUUCUGCUCGAGAAGCCAACUGACGAUAGCGUAGAAGUGGCGGUUGGAUUUGUGACUGAAUGUGGAUCAAUGCUUCAAGAUGUUUCACCAAAAGGCUUACAUGGUAUAUUUGAACGAUUUCGUGGAAUCCUACAUGAGGGUGAAAUAGACAAGAGAGUGCAAUUUUUGAUUGAAGGUCUCUUUGCAAUAAGGAAGGCUAAGUUUCAGGGGUACCCGGCUGUUCGUCCGGAGUUGGAUCUUGUCGAGCCAGAAGACCAGUGGACGCAUGAGAUAUCACUGGAGGAUCCAGUUGACCCUGAGAUUGCUCUUGAUAUUUUCAAGCCUGAUCCUCAGUUUCUGGAGAACGAGAAGCGUUAUGAGGAAAUAAAGAAAAGCAUACUGGGUGACGAGUCGGAGGAAGAAGAUGAGUCCGAUGCAGGGUCAGAUGAUGAAUCUGAUGAGGAAUCUGAUGAAGAAGAUGAGGAGGAGAUGAAAAUUAGGGAUGAGACUGAAACUAAUCUUAUAAAUCUCCGGAGGACAAUCUAUCUCACUAUUAUGUCAAGUGUGGAUUUUGAGGAAGCUGGGCAUAAGCUGCUGAAAAUUAAGCUAGAGCCAGGGCAAGAGAUGGAGCUGUGCAUUAUGCUUUUAGAGUGCUGCAGUCAGGAGAGAACUUACCUCCGCUACUAUGGUCUGUUGGGCCAGCGUUUCUGCAUGAUCAACAAAGUCCAUCAGGAGAACUUCGAGAAGUGCUUUGUCCAGCAAUAUUCUAUGAUCCAUCGGCUUGAGACCAAUAAGUUGAGAAACGUGGCAAAGUUCUUUGCUCAUUUGCUUGGAACUGAUGCUCUGCCAUGGCAUGUUUUGGCUUAUAUCCGAUUGACUGAAGAGGACACCACUUCCUCCUCACGUAUAUUCAUCAAAAUUCUGUUCCAGGAGCUGUCGGAGCAUCUGGGGAUCCGCUUGCUAAAUGAACGUCUCAACGAUCCGACUAUGCAGGAUUCGUUCGAGUCCAUCUUCCCGAAGGACAACCCCAAGAACACGAGAUUUUCCAUCAACUUCUUCACCUCCAUCGGUCUUGGUGGCAUCACUGAGAACCUGAGGGAGUACUUAAAGAACAUGCCGCGCCUCAUCAUGCAGCAGCAGCAGGCAGCACCAUCAGGCUCAGAGUCGGAAGAUGAAUCUGGAAGCUCCGACACGUCAAGCUCGGAAGAAGACUCUGAAUCCGACUCGGGUUCCUCUAGCUCCGAUGGAAGUGAAAGGGACAGGAGAAGACGCAGCAAGCGGAGGAGAAGAGAUUAGUACCGAAGAGGAAUACGAAUCUCAAAUAGUUGUUCUGCCUAGUAUUUUGACUGUGAAGCAGACCUUCCGUCAAUAGCAGCAUCUGCAACAUCAGCAAUUUCCCCGUUUGCUUUCACUGAUAUUUUUCGGUUGUUGUGUCAUCAGGUUACGGUGUACCAUUAUUGCCCGUUUUAUCAGUGACUUGUAUUCCGCUAGUUCGUGGCGAUAUUCUACGGAUUCGCAAAUCGAGACUCAUACUAAUAUUUGAUGAAUGAUGUAAGUUAAUAUCAUCAAAUUGGAUGCCCAAAUACAAAUAAAGAUCAGCAAAGGAGAACCUUUCAUGCCAA